AUGGGGGCAAGUCCUCCAACAAAUAUUGAAUUAAUAAUAUGGGGAGAAUCGUCGUUUCAGGAAUCAGCCAUUGAAUCAAUUUGGAAAAAUAGAAUCCUGAAAGAAGUUCAGGCGUUGUUGGAAGGAACAAAAUGGAUGAAAAAGAAAAAAUUAAUUCAAAAAUAUUGUAAAUAA